GAAAAAUUUUACUUUGUUUACAUUCCUCCUGUUUCGUAUCGAAAGGGCAGCAAUUCCAAAGAUAAAAUUAAUGUUAAUGAAUAAGUGUUUGUAUGGGUCUCUAACAAUAGCCAUAAAAAGUGUGUUACCAAUAGUGUAAAAAUGUCCACUAGUCUAUCAGAAACUACGUCGCCAUUGUCAUCCCACCCAAAAAAAAUUACUACCGUAGAGAAAGCUAAAGAUGUCGAAAUUCCUCUACCGAAGAAGUGGACGAAAGUUGCCUCCGAAAAACAUCCUGGCAAAUACUAUUACUUUAAUGUUGAGACAAAGCAGAGUAUUUGGGACCAUCCCAGUAAGAGCAACGCGCUUGAACAAGAGGAAAAAAUUAUUCGAAAUAUGAAAACAAUAUCAUCAAAAAUAAUGCAACCAGCAGGUCGCAGUAGCAAGCAGAAAAGUUCGGAAAAAGUGGUCCAGUUGAGCAAUGACACCAACUUCAAAAAGCGAAACUUGGCCAUGGCUAGAUUAGAUAAUCUGCGUAAACAGCUAGAGGUUGAAAGAAAACGUGAUGGUGAGAAAAUUAAAAGUAAAGCUGAGAAGAAGAAAAGUCCCCAGAAAAAGGUAGAAUCUAUAGCAACAAGCACACCAUUAUCACCUAAUAAACGAAAACCGUCAGAAUUCUCAGGAAAAUUGUCGGGAUCAUCGAAGGCUGAUGUCACUAAAAAGUCAGCAAAGGAAACUUUAAAAAGUAGUCCGAAGAGUAAAGGUGUUGACAAAAGCCGUUCCCCGAUGAUCCCUAAUCAAGAGAAAAAACUGGCUAAUUCACAGACCAAAUUGGGAAAGGAUUCACUCAAAACCGCAAUACAAUCUACUAGCAAUUUGAAGGCAUUCAAGAUUCCCAAAAAACCACCAGAGCAACAAAUGAUGUCUCCACUUUCGGCAGAUAAACGAAAGAUGGAUGAACAGAAGCUAACUUUAAUAAACAAAACGGUUAAACAUAUUACCAGCGACCUGAAGACUGAAUCAUUGAAAAAAGUACCUGAAAACGUAGUUUCUCCGAUGCGAGACUCACUACUUUCCGAAGUAGUGAAAGUUUCUUUGGAAAUCCCUCGAUCUGUUCCAACAGUAGUAUCACGUAAUGUGUUGCUAGAAACAAACGAACGUCUAGUUACCCCGAUAGUGCCAUCCCCCGUAACAGAAUCGAAAACACCCAAGUUUUCCUCCACGAAAAAAUUGGAACUACGUUCUCCGGCUAACGAAAGAUUAAUGAAAAUCCGCACCGAACUUACUCAGGAAGUAUCACUGCAAUCUACGAUACUAAGCGAAGAUGCUGAAAUGACCGAUUUGAGUGAACUUUCUGAUGCUCCGAACAUUACGGAGGAAAUGGAAUGGGAAGAUAUCCCAGCAGCCGUGGCUGUAAAAGAGGUGGAGGCAGUGCGACAGAAGCUUGACUUGAUUGAUCAUUAUCCGAAUCAAAAUGUUCUCCAAUUUCAUAUACCACUUUUUGAUAGACUAAGCUAUCAGAAAUACUUUUUCAUGGUACUCGACACCAACAUUUUCCUGUCCCAUCUAAAGGGAUUGGAAAGAAUGUUAGAGACAGAAUUUCCACACAUUGGACAACCGAUUCUUCUCAUUCCGUACAUCGUCCUUCAAGAGUUGGACCGAAUCAAACAUCGUACGCAGGACAGAUCGCUGAGCCAAGCCGCCUCCCAAUCGAUCCGCUUUCUCAACGAACGGCUUCGGAAGCUGGAUCCCCGAGUCAAAGGUCAAUCCUCGCUGGAAGCGGCAAACCGGUUGAUCGAAGUUGAAAACCCAGACGAUAACAUCGUCAAUUGUUGCCUCCAGGUGAGACAGGCAAUACUCGGCCUCCCAACGGAACUGAUGCUACUUUCGAAUGAUAUCAACCUACGGAACAAAAUGCUGGUCAACGGUGUUCAGGCCUUCUCGUUUGCACAGCUGACGGCAGAAACAGAUCGGAUACGGUUCGCGGCGGACGACGCUGCCAGUGCCAUCGAUACACAAUCGCUAGAUCCACCUUACCCAACAAUCACUUCAAUUAACUAAUCAGAUUGGAAUUGCCUAUCAGGCACUAUGCUUUACGGAACAGACUGUGAAUUAAUGAGUGGAUAUAUUUUGAAUAAAAAUUUGUUGAACUACGACGUUAUUGUCGUUAAAUGAAUCAAG